AUGCUUGGCAGGGCGCCGGACCUGACGGCCGGCAUCCACAUCAAGCAGGAAAAUGUCGACGCCCCCCAGUGGCAGGGCGGCAUCGCUUCGGCCGCCUCACUGCCGGAGGCCGGGCUCGAUGAGGCGAUCCUCAUCAAGUCCGAGCCGGACGAGGCCGACCCCUCACCCCUGCUUGGGCCCUCGCUGGAGGCCUUCAUCACGUAUGAGCCCCGGCUGCCGGAGCUACCUGGGGCCUCGCAGGACCCGCUGAUUCGGGCGCUGCUGCCCAGCUGGCUGGCCGGCCCGGCUCCCGGCUCGGCGCCCGAGACCUCGCCGCCGCUGCCGCCGCCGCCGCCGCCCCCGCCGCCGCCGCCGCCGCCGAGCACUCCCCCGCGCGUGAGCGGCCCCGGGCCUGUGCCCGGCCCCGGCGAGCCGACCGAUGGGACGCCCCUGUGGUCGGCGUCGCGCCGGAUCCGGCCAACGGCUGCCAGCUCGGCGGCCCCCUGGCUGGCGUCUGGGGCCGUGAGAUGCGCCAAGCGCGAGGCCGGGCACGCGACCAAUGCCGGGGCCCGGCUGGGUCGGGCCAUCCGCCGGUCGGCCGAGUGGGCCGCCGAGCCGUGGUGCUUGCUGUGCGCGCGGUCUGAUGCCGUGCUCGACCGGGCGUGUCGGCACUUUGGGCACUUCUUCCUCCGGAUCCUCCAGGCCGGACAUGGGCCAUCGCCGGCGCUCGGCCAGGCUCUUGCCCUCUACCACCAUGGGGCGUGGGCUCCCUGCCUUGGGCAUUUGCGCCUGGGGGCCCGGCCGCCAACAGCCAAGACCCUGGUCCGGGGCCAUUGGGCUCUGGUCGCCGGGCGUGCCACAUGCGCCCGGUGCCGGGUGAUUGGAGCCGACUUCCUGGCGGACUUGGCCUACUUGGCCUUCCCCCGCCGGGGCGAGGGGCCCCUCUUUGAUGGGCACUUCCACCAGACCUUCUGGUAUAGUGUCGCCUGGCCGGAGCCCUUGGCUCGGCCACGGGACCGGCGCUUGCCCUGCUCGUGGGCCGCGGGCCCUGACGGGGAUUUCCCCCUGGUGCUGGCAUCUGAAGCCCGGCGCUGGCGGCGCCGGCGCCGCCUGCACAAGCGCCAUCGGCGCCGAUCGCCCGAGGCCACGCCCCGCAAUGCCACCGGCAUGUGGAGGUCCCCCCUGCCGGGGGGCAUGGUGUCGAGCAUCUUGGACUUCGGCAGCAUGGUCUUCGAUGUGAUGCUGCCCCCGGGGCAAUCUCCCUCGGAGGGCAUGCCUCAGCCGACCGGCGACCGUGGCCAGCCGGGAGCCCGGGACCUGCUCGAUGAAACGGUGCACCCAGUCGGGCCGUCGGCCGGCCUGCUCGACCGGCUGCAGCAUUUCGGCAUUGCUGUCGGCAGCCCGGCCAGCUGGCCGGCCGAGGAGGGCUGGUCAGCCACCGACCCGACAAGCCCCUCCCCCCCGGGCAUGGGCGAGGCCCAUCUGGCGGAACUUUCCUCCUGGGCCGAUUCCCCGGCUUGGGACACACACACCUUCGUCCCUCGGGUCGGUGUUGGCUUGCCGAUGCCCUCGGACCUGGUGACUGACGCGGGCACCGGUGCCGGCGCCAGCGCCGGCGCCAGCGCCAGCGGCUUGACGACAUCCACGCCACGGAUGGAUUUCGGCCCCUCGGUGGUGUCGGCUCGCAUUGCCUCGCCCGACCUGUCGCCGGUGUUGCUGGUAAAUGCCCCGGAAGCGCGACUCAUGCCGAUUGGGGGAGGCUCAUCAGUGUUGCUUUCCCCGGAACCGGCGGCUGGGCGUCCGUCCCACCCGCCGGACUCGCCGCAAGAUGAGGCCACCCACUUGUCAAAUGACUCGGCCAGUCGGAAACGCCAACGCCCGGCACCGUCGGCCGAGGCACCCCGUGGAUUUCCCAUGCCGGCGGGGCUACUUCAACCGGCGGCCGCCCUGCCAAAGCGCCCGCGCUCGGACCGAUCCUAUCCGUACCGGCCUGCCACGGCCCCGUCGGUUGAGGGCCGCUUGGUGCCCCGGUGGGCACGCGGCCAGGGCCCCGGGCAGGAGCUCAGGUGCGACUUCUGCGCCGAGGCUUUCACCCUGCGGGCGUUCUUGAAUGGCGGCCACUUCGACAGCCAGCUGUUCAUCCCUCGUCCAGACUACCAUCCGACAAAUCACCGGCUGGCAUUGGAAACCAUGUCGCGGGGGUGUCAGCUGCCCUGGGCGCCGCCCCCGCCGGACGUGGACCCCGGCUCGGGGGAUCGGACGCCUGGCGAGCCGUCGCCAGACUGCCCGCCGGAUGGCAGCAUCCUGCAGGGCCUUGCCCGGGGCCUGCGCCCGGGGGAGUCCAUCCCCCGACUGCCGGCCUACGCGCCAGUGUGGUUCAACCUGGCCGACGGCUCCUUCUGGAAGCACGUCGAGCUGGCACACGGGGUGUCACGGCUGACCGGCCGGCCAUACCCCCUGCCGGCGUCCAUCUCCGACCCCCAUGAGCGAAAGGAUGGCACCGCUCUGUGUGGCCUCUGUCAGCGGCAGGUUCCCCUGGUGGAUGAGGCCCCGGGCCGGCGGGCGCCCGUCCGGCAGCUUUUCCUUUCCGAUGUGGCGGACUUCCGCGGCAGCUCUCGGCACCUGGCCGAGUACGCGUCGCCCAUUUGUGUCCGCUGGAAUCGUCACAUCGCCGCCUGCCAGAGGAGGCCCCGGCCACGCGGGGCACGCUAGAGCAACCGGCAGUGCCAUCGCGUGCCAGGCGGGAAUACAAGGUGCCCUGUCCAUGCCUCUUAGCAGAGCCAGGGGGGAGAGGGCGAGACGCGCCCAGUGCGUCGAGGUAUA